GCAGAUAGUCCAUUGAUUGUUUUUGUUGACAAGUUCUCUUGUCUGUCGAUUCCUUAGGAAAAUGUCUUUUACACAAUUUUGUCAAUUAAUAUAGACUACUAACUAGAAUUACGUCCAUUUCUAGUUAGGGUACUUUGUGGAAAUGGCUUCAAUAGAGGUGUGGAGGGAAUGUGCUAGCUGGUUAACCAAAUGUGGUGUUUUAAGACCCGAUCAUAAAGCAAACUGGCCUGACGCCUCUCUGUCAGAUUUGGCAUAUACUCUCAGAGAUGGUGUUUUACUUUGUAACUUAUUAAAUUCCAUAGAAAAAGGCUGUGUUGAUAUGAAGGAUGUCAACCAGAAACCUCAAAUGGCUCAGUUUUUGUGCCUACGGAACAUCAAAACCUUCCUCCAGGUGUGCCAAGAUGUGUUUGGGCUUAAAGAAAGUGACCUUUUCGAACCCUCCAUGCUUUUUGAUCUCACUGACUUUUACGGAGUUCUCUACACACUGUCAAAACUUUCCAACUGCCCAAAAGUGCUCAAGAAAAACAUUCACGGGUUCUCCAUUCACAGAUCCAGGACCUCCUCUCAAGAAGACAUUUACAGGAAUCUCAAUGCUAGCUGUGGCAGCACUGCCCAAAGUCCCGUUGACCCGACGUGGCUGCAGUUCACCAUCAAGAGUCCACAGCUUGAUGACCUUGAGGAGGACGUCUACGAGAACUUAUGUUACGUCACGUUUUCCUCGGAGGUAUUGCCUCCAGUUGAAGUAUUGUCUGUUUUCGUUUGCUUUUUCCGUCAGCACAGCACAUCAACUAGGGAUUGCAACGAAGAGGUGACGACGCUCGAUGUUCGGACGCCGCUCGGCGAACACGUAGAGUACUCACACUACGACGCUCACACACGCAAUGAGGAGAUAUACCAGGACCUGUGUUCCAUUGAUAAAAAAUGUACCGUAGCCACACAGCCGAUGACAAGUCAUAGUUUGGAGAAGCGGGAUUACGUGAUCAAUGAGCUUGUGGAGACGGAGAAAAACUAUGUGGACGUGUUGGUAACACUGCAGCGUAGCUUCAUGCGGCCACUCAGUACCCUCCUCGAGGAUCAUGACUACAGGACGAUCUUCAUGUGGAUAAAAGAACUGAGCGAGAUCCAUUCCGGGUUCCACUCCCAGCUACGCAAGGUUGUUGCACCAGGCAGCUGCGCUAGACUGAGUGAAGUUUUCCUCAACUGGAGGGAGAAGUUCCUCGUCUACGGAGACUACUGUGCCAACCUACCCGAUGCUCAGUCUCGGAUAAGCGACCUCUGCGCUCACAGCGACUCGGUCAACCAGGAGGUCAUUAGGUGUCAACAAGAAGCAAAUAAUGGAAAAUUUAUGCUACGGGAUAUUUUGACAGUUCCGAUGCAGCGGAUACUGAAAUACCCACUGUUAUUGGAGAAACUAAUAUCCGAGACACAACCCAACCAUGAAGACUACAGAGGUCUGGAGAGGGCCAAGGAAGCUAUGAAGGAUGUGGCUCAAUACAGCAAUGAGGUGAAAAGGGACAGUGAAACCCUGCACAUCAUGAAGAAAAUACAGGAGAGUAUAUCAGACUGGGACAUGCCUGAAAAUACAGAGCUGAAGGAUUACGGUAGGCUAAUAAAGGACGGAUGGUUGCGGAUAAAAGCUCACAACGAUCAAAAAGUCAAAGUCAGAUAUGUUUUUAUUUUCGACCAAGUCAUGCUGAUGUGCAAGGCUUUAAAGGGAGACCAGUACAGCUACAAAGAGUCUCUGCUGUUGUGUCAAUACAAGGUGGAGGAUGUGAGCGCUCGACGGACACUACAGCGCGACUCUCGCUGGAACUACCAGUGGUACUUGGUGCGCAAGAGUGAGCGCACUGCGUACACCAUGUACGCGCGGCUCGAGGAGGAGAAGCGGCUUUGGAUAAAAGCCAUACAGGACGCACUAGACAACAUUGAGCCGUCAGUCUGUCGCAAUACUGAUCACAAGUUUCUGAUGUACACAUUCGAGAAACCUUCCACAUGUAGUCAUUGUAGCAAACUGCUUAAAGGCAGAAUAUUCCAGGGUUACAGAUGUGAUAGGUGCUUCAUCGGAGUACACAAGACUUGUAUCCCAUACUCGGGCCGCUGCGGGGCUAAACUUCCUCCCGAGCUACCCCCUCGCCCCCCGCUGGCUACCACCCCCACCGAACUUGUACCUAGUCAGCCUGUACAGCCAGUACCUCCCAUGCCUACAGACUGGACUGAGAGAGGCAGAUCGUGGACGGACCACCAGUCAUUACGAGAAUACCUUUGGUUCGUAGGAGAGAUGGGCCGAGACAGAGCCACCAGUCUGCUCGAGAGACAAAUGGACGGGACCUAUCUGCUGAGGAUUCGACCUCAGGGGCCGACACAUCCCAAUGAAACUGUUUACGCUCUCAGUCUCAAGACGGAUGACAAGGUUAAGCACAUGAAGGUGUACGAGAGAGACAUGGAAGGGUCACAACACUACUACCUCUCAGAGUCCAGGUUCUUCCGCACUCUGGUGGAGUUGAUAUCUUGCUACGAACACACCAGCCUGGGCGAGAACUUUAUAGGACUGAAUGUUCGGCUAAAGUGGCCGUUCCGCAGGAUAGUGGCAGUGGCAGACUUUGACUUCAACCCCACAGAGGGGCCUGAGGGAGCCAACCAGCUGCCACUGAGGAAGGGCUGCCAAGUCAUAGUGCUCAGCAAGGAGGGUGACCACAAGGGCUGGUGGAAGGGCAAGAUCCAGGACAAGGUGGGUUUCUUUCCCAAAGUGUAUGUCCGGGAGAUUUCCAACAACUUCAAUGUGGAUCUGAACUGAACCAUCUCUGUCUACCGCUUACCAGUUUACGUAUAGUCUGUGAUAAGUAGCCAAGUUAUAUUAUAUUUUCUCCUUAAACAAUUACAACGCAUAUAUUUUUAUUAUUUUUUGUGAACGCAUUGUUAUGUGAAUGUCCUGAAAUGUUCUAUAAUGUAAUGUUAGUAUUAAUAGAAGACUUAUUUUAGACAUUUUUAUUGAUAUGGUGUUAUCAAUGUUGAAAUUUUACUCUUAACGAUGUUAAGCUUGUUAUUGUAUCGCAAUAUAAUGUACAAUUAAUGCAAUGCUCAUAGAAAUGUAUAUUUGAAUAAUUUGCUUAUACACGAAAUGUUUUUGAGAUAUAAAUAUGUUGA